CAGUAGCUAAUAACAGUUUCACCGGAAAUAUGAUAGAUUUAACUAGGUUUUCAGCUCUUCAAAUUCUUUUGGCUCAAUUUAACCAUUUCAAUGGAGAUGUACGUAAUAUUUUAUCAUCGCUGACAAAUUGCACCAACCUUCAAACUUUGACGUUGGGUAAUAACCAUUUCACUGGUUCGUUGCCAGAUUCCAUUGGCAAUCUUUCUAAUCACUUGUCGUUCUUAUCCCUUCAUACAAAUCAGUUGAGUGGAAGCAUUCCAUCUAGUAUAGGAAACCUUGUUGGUCUCACUAGUUUGGGAGCUUUUAGCAAUAAUCUACGAGGUCCAAUUCCUUCAUCCAUUGGAAAACUUCAUAAGUUGCAAGAAAUAUAUUUCGCUGAAAAUAGACUGACAAAUGAGAUACCAUUUUCAUUAGGCAACUUGACUUUGUUGAACAAUCUCUACUUGGAAAAAAACAAUCUUUCUGGGAGUAUACCUCAUAGUCUUGGCAACUGUACCAACUUGUUAGCGUUAGAACUUUCAGAAAACAAUCUCAGUGGCUCAAUACCUUCCGAAAUCAUUAAACUUUCCUCCAUCUCUGUUGAACUUGGCCUAUCUGACAACGUUUUGACUGGUACUAUUCCAUCAGAAGUCGGGGCUUUGAGAAAUCUUGGGUACAUGGACUUGUCCCACAAUAGAUUAUCCGGAACCAUACCGCCUUCUUUGGAGAGUUGUGUGACGCUCAGUAUGCUUUACCUAGAUGGAAAUUCUCUUCAGGGUGAGAUACCUGACAGUCUCUAUGCUCUGAGAGGUUUAGAAUAUUUGGAUAUUUCGCAGAAUAAUCUCUCAGGGAUGAUUCCAAGAUUUCUUGUCCAGCUUCGGCUGCUGUAUCUCAACCUUUCUUUCAAUGAGUUGCAAGGUGAAGUCCCAACUCUCGGAGUUUUCCAAAAUGAGAGUGCAAUCUCACUUGAAGGAAACCAAGGCUUGUGUGGUGGAAUUGCAAGCCUAAACCUACCUUCUUGUCCAUCAUCACCAAAAUCCAACAAGAAAAGUUUUGGGAAAAUCUUGAUCCCAACUAUUGUCGGAGCCAUAUGCCUAGCGCUUGCAGUGUGCUUAUGUGUGAUCAUUAUCUACAAGAGACGCGCACAUCUAAUUGUUGGAACCCCGACAUUCCAAGGGCCAGACUUUUUGAGGCUAUCUUAUGCUGAUCUCUUGAGUGCCACAGAAGGAUUCUCAGAGACAAACCUACUUGGUAUAGGGAGAUUUGGAUCCGUAUACAAAGGAACUAUCAAUGGUGAUGAUGAGCAGCAGACAGAUUUAGCAGUGAAGGUGCUAGAUCUUAGAGUAAGAGGAGCUUGUAAGAGUUUGGCAUCAGAAUGCAAUGCAUUGAGAGGCAUACGACACAGAAACUUGCUCAAGAUUGUGAGUGUAUGUGACAGCACUGAUUUUCAAGGGAAUGAUUUCAAGGCAUUGGUGUACGAAUUAGUUUCCAACGGAAGCCUCGAGAACUGGCUACAUUCUGAGGGUGAAGGCAGGAGAAAUCUUAGUGCUAUUCAGAGACUCAAUAUUGCAAUUGAUAUUGCAUCUGCAGUCGAGUACUUGCAUUGUGGUACUAACUCCAUAGUUAUUCAUGGAGAUUUAAAGCCGAGUAACAUUCUCUUGGAUCAAGACAUGGUCGCCAAAGUUGGUGAUUUUGGUUUAGCCAAAAUUGUUUCAAGCAUUUCACAGAGCUUGCCAUCUACAGAAGGAAGCAGUUCAUCAGCAAUAAAGGGUACAAUAGGCUACAUUGCUCCAGAGUAUGGCAUGAGCCUCGUUGCAUCAAUGCAAGGGGAUGUAUACAGUUACGGAGUUCUAGUGCUAGAGAUGUUCACAAACAGAAGACCAACAAGUGAUGCAUUUGAAGGGUGCCUAGAUCUCCAAGACUUCGUUAGCACGGCUUUAACGGACCAUGUAAUGGAAGUAGUGGAUCCAUUUCUUCAUCAAGAACUUAAUGUAGAUGAAAAGUAUUGGGAGUGCAUUGUUUCAAUUUUGAGGAUUGGAGUGAGAUGCUCCAAGCAACUUCCAAGAGAUCGCAUGUCGAUGACAGAGGUUGUUAAUGACUUGAAAAAGAUAAAAAAAGUGUUUCCAGUUUGUAAAAAUGGAAGAAAUGUUGCUUCGUUACAACAUUGAAAUAGUUGUUCAUUUCUAUCCGUUGGCAACAUUUUCAGUUGUAAUUGUUAGGCAAUGCUCCUGUUUGUUGUAAA